UCGUCGUGAAGGUAGGGUUGCGCGUUGUCCCGUCUUUUUCUUCCUCCUUCCGCCUCUCAUUGCUUCUCUCCCUCUCUGUUUAUCUGUCUCCCUCUCUCUUUCUCUUAUCUCCCUUUCUCUUUUACCUUUUACCCCUUCUCUCUAUUGUUACCAGAUAAUAGCGGCCGCUCGUAAUAAAGGAUUGGUGACAAUAAAUGAGCUGGCCGUCCGCGGCAAGGUGCAGUCCCGUUCAUUGUGCUGUGUAAGAAGAGUCCACGAGCGAAUGCGUGAAUCGUGUGCGUGCGCGCGUGAACGUUCCUCUGUGAGUGAACUCAACCUGUGGACCUGUGGAUAGAGAUAUCUACCUUCGUGAUCUAUAAGUACCUCAUCUUUCUUCGCAGAAGACUGUCGUUCGUUGCCAAAAUGAAGCACAUCGCGUUCAUCGUAGCUCUACUUCUCGGUAUCGUUGGGUGCACGCAUUCGCAAGAGAAUUUAUCUUCCACCGUCUUUCCCGAUCUUCAACAGAUCAGCGGUGUGGUGGAUGACCGAUUCCCGGAUAUUGCAAAGAAAUGGAACCAAUCAGGGCUGUCCGUUGAUGAAGGCACGAAUCGUUUUAGAGAAAGCUGCGUAAAGAACGCUGGACCAGAUGCAUAUAACCUUAUCGAUCGUGCGGGAUCUGAAGCGACACAAUGUUUUCAGAAGCUCAUCAACGUUACAGAACUCUACGCUGAGAUGGAAAAAUACAAGCCGACAGGUGAUUUAGAUAUUGUCUUCAGGAACUAUUGCAGCAAGCGCCAGACUAUGCGAACUUGCGUGAGCAAUUUUACGAAUACGAUAGCGGUUUGUCUGACCGAGAAAAUGAAAGAGAACCAAAAAAUAGUGAUGAAUAUAACUGACUCGCUGCUCGAGUUUGUCUGCUACAAAGAAGGGGAUCGAAUCGCCCUUUUCAUAUCGGCUGGAGGACCAGAGUGCUUUGAAUCAAAACAGCAAGAAAUUAUAGAUUGUGUCAACAAGACGUAUGGAGGUAACAUAUCAAAUUUUGAUCCUAACGGUUUUCCUACGAGAUUGGAGAGUGUCUCAGCUUGGGAUUUUAGUCCAAAAGAAUGCAGGGACAUGAACAAAUUGCAAAUCUGCAUUGUGGCAGAGUUAGAAAAAUGCCCUGAUCCCACGCCUGCGAAUAUAAUGGAUUCUGUAUUUAAUUUCAUCAAGAGAGUGACGCCAUGCGAGAAUGUACUUGCAGAAAGCGCCGCUGCUACUGGUACACAGUCCAAUGCUUCGCACGUGGGCGCUCUUAUAGUUAUAGCAAUUCUGUCUACCGUUUUAUCUUUUGUAACAAACUAUAAUUUCAUCCCUGCUAUCCAGCCACUAGACUUCCGUAAGUUGUGCACAUCCUUGGAUAUCUCGAUUGGUAGCAAAUUUUGCACUACUAGAUCGGUGUUACCGUCGCAGAUGGUGUGGUCAAAAUCAAACGCCACGAGAACGAUGCCAGGCAAAGGGGGCAGAAGAGGAAAGUACGGUGGAAAAAGAGCUGAGUUUACAUCCGAUGAGGAUUCAAUCAACAAUGAUGCGUGCAGCGAGACCAGCGGUCAAUCCGACAAUCGUAGUGUGCUGGAGGACGCGAAUGACAACGAGGUGGACGAGCUCGCGCAGCAGGAGGCGUUCGAGGAGAAGAUGAAGGAGGCGAUCGACGGUUUGACGCAGAAGAGCGCGAAAGGCCGCACUAUCUGUUUUAAUGGUAUAGAGAAAAUUUUCGCUAUCAAAUAUAUACCUGAUUUCGUGGAGGAUAGAAAGAUGACCAUCACGGAUGCUGUGGAGCGUGGCUUGAAGAAGGGCCGUGGCGAUGAGCAGACAACAGCUGCCAGAUUGAGCACCCUGUUGUGCGUCCAGUUGGGCGCCUUCGAGAGCGCCGAGAUAGUCUGCAGAGAUCUAAAAUCAAUUCUCACCUUCAUCGCUAACGACAAUACAGCUUCUGUCCAUGCUCGCGCCGAGUGUUGCUGGGCGUUAGCCAUGAAUCAAUUCUUGUCGGGCAACGAUGCGACUGACACCAUGGAAAUCGCACAAUUACUGUCGUCCAUCUUUUCGGGCUCUUAUUUAAAGGGAAACGGCGCGAUCGCAAACAUAUCCCCGGAUGUGGCGGCGUUACACGUGGCAGCUAUCUCAUCGUGGACCUUGCUUCUAACAGUUAUGACCUCCGCGGAUAUCUACAAUUUGCUCGCGAGCGGCAGAACAAACAGUUAUAUGCCUUCACUUAAUCGAUUGCGCGAAUUGCUGGAAUCACCACAUCUCGAUGUACGUCUAUCAGCCGGCGAGGCGUUAGCGGUGAUAUUCGAACUCGGUCGUGAUUUCUCCUGCGACUACGAGCAGAAUUGGGCGCUCGACCUAAUCGAAAUUCUCAAGGAACUCGCCACGGAUUCCAACAAGUACCGUGCUAAAAAAGAUCGCAAGCAGCAACGCGCUAAUUUUAGAGAUAUUCUGCAUUAUAUCGAGGAAGAUAUCGUUCCGGAAAUGCAUGUGAGAUUUGGUCAGGAAAUUCUGUAUCUAGAGGGAUGGUGCGCGAGGACUCAGUACAACGCUUGCUGCCGGCUAUUAGGCACCGGUAUCAAUUUCCAUCUUGCUGAAAAUCAACUCUUGCGCGAGAUCUUUCACCUCGGCAACAAAGUUCUACCUCCACCAGUCACAAUCAAAACGAGUAAAUUAGAGCGAACAUUGAUGAACGCGGCCGCGUUCAAGGCACGCACCAUUCAGCGCAACAAGAAUCGCGACAAACGAUCUGCAGCUAUGGCACCGUAAUCUUCUACUCCUAUGCUGGUUGUCUCAUUUUAGUGUAAUACAAGUAUAUUUGAAUUUUUCCUUUAAUUUAUUGUAACUAUAUUUAAUAGCAUAAAUUACUGUUUUCUCAAUCGAUUCUUAAAUCGAAAUUGUACAGAUGUUCUCCACGCGACACAUGUC